CUCUUUAUAGUUAAUCCACCCCACGACCUCGAAUCUAGGUUGCGAAAAGACGGAGCACAUAAAGCCUCUAUUAAAGAAGAACAAUACAAGAAGACGAAGCGGGGAAGAGAAAAGCAAGUUGAUUUUUUGAAAGUAACUGAUGGCACAGUGACACCAACAACUCACGAAAAAGAGGUUGAAAAAGAGACUGACCCUCUAAUUAGCUCGACUAACAGUAUGGGCAACAAUAUCAAUACCCAGACAGAUGUAGGACCCACUGAUGAUAAU